GAAGAAAGAGUUAACUACCAAUUCGUGUUAUCAGCGGAGGCGGAAGGAAAGCGAACGAGAAACCCUAGCCGCCUGAGGGGAACGCCCCGAUCCGCAACGUAAGCUGCACUUGUCAUCCUAAUCCCUAACCAAUUGUUGGCAGGCCGGCGACGAUGGCGGCGGUUCGGUGCGCGGCGAGGAGUCUCGGUGGCUCCCUGCUCCAGCGGACGCAGGCGGCGGUCGCGGAGGAGGGACGCCUGCUCGCGCCAAGCAGGCUCAUGCGCUCCCGCCAGCUCUCCAGCCAGGUCUCCGGCGAGCGAUCGCAGGUGCCGGAUCGACUCCUCCUUGAGACAGGCCGGAUCAUGCGCAACCGCCAGCUCGCUAGCGAGAUAUCCAAGAGACUACAGGAGCCGUCUGCCUUGGAAUCUGAGGUCCAGUGCAGGAUGGAGACACUUCGUGCCUCGUGGCAUAAUAAGUUGGACGAGCUUCACAAGGAAGCAGCACCAGAUGCCUUUGAGUUGUAUGUGAAGGCCUAUGGAAAUGCGGCUAAGGCUGUGGUCCGUGGAGCUGCCAAGGCGUUGUUUGGCUUCAGUCUGAUUAGUUCUCUUAUCUUUGAGUUGUUUGGCUGCUACCAAGGAAAACCAGAGAAGACAAGAUAAAGAAAAGGAGAACCAAUGAUGGCCUCCGAAGUUUGGCUAGCUUGCACUGUGCUAUCAUAAAUUGUGAUAUUGUGUGACAUGGUAUCAUGUUAUUAUAUCUCUCUAUAUAUAUCUUUUCGGGCACAUUGCCUUCAUGCGUGAAUGAUACCGUAGCUUGACAAACAUACUUGCAUAGCUUGUAUGGUCACUUGCAUUCAGUGUUGGUUUUAUUAGCUUAUGUCUAGUGCUUUCGAUGCAAAGUGAUAGCGAUCAACUUAGAAGUUUCACCAUGUCAAAAAACCUUGGAAGUUUCACUCUGAAAACUAAUUGUGUGAUGUCUUGUAUA